AUGCGCAGAAUACGGCGCGGCAAAGUCCACCGCGUGCCGGAUGCAGCGCUGAGUGAGCAGCUGCUUACCUCGUCUUUUUCAUACCCGGUGUGUGUGGAGCCGUUCUCGCCGCUUAGUGCUGCGCACGGCCCCAUGACGCCGCAUGCGAUAGACAGUGCGCUGCAAUUUUACGCGGGGGAAACUCCGGCGCUAGGCACGUUGGUAGAUAUGCACACUUGGAUGAAGCGUGUCGCUGCAGGGCGCGGUGCACUUGUGUGUGUUGCUGCUUCUAUUGUCAUGAUGGAUGCAUUUCAGGACAUGCAACCUCCUUUUUUUUGGUGCAUCGUCCAGGACGCAGACGGCACGCGCGUGCCUGUCCAGUUUGUAGGGCAGAAAAUCAAGGCUCUGUAUGCAGCGCUUGCAACACAAGAGCCUUUUGUCCCAGUGCCGCUUUUCCUCUCUGGCUACGGCGCGGAGCUGAUGCGCCUGGGGCCGGUCCAGCAGCCCAAGGCGACGGUCGUGUACAACCAAGCGCGCGUCGCACUCAAGGCUUUGCUGGCCAACGGCGAAAGUGUGUGGUUUGACUGCAAUAAGGAUGGGCCCGUCAAUCAGGUCGUGCGCGAUGCAAAACGCGCGCCGCGGCAAGCCUCGCCCGCGCCUUCUGUCGAGAGCUGGUUUCCUUCUGCGGACGUGCACGCCAGCAGCGAGCGCACCGCGCCUAUGCCCGGCGUCCCCAGCUCUGCGCCAUCCCAACUGGGCGGUGCUCGCAAACUGGGCAAUUACAUGUAUACCCCUAUCACGCAUCUCGAGCUCCACUCUAUUGUAAACGUCAUGGGGAUCGCUACCAUGAACGCGAUCGAACGUCCGCCCGCGCCGCGGUUCCGCGAUACCAUGGUAAAGCUCACGAUUGCCGACGGGAGCCAUGGUGGCCCACACAUGCCGCUAAUUUCGUCCAACCUCUUUUCGACGGAUCAGGCCGCCCUUCCGGGCACGGUCGUCGAAAACGAAGCGGUGCUUUUCCGCGGCCUGCAGAUCGGCACGUACAAUGGCAAGCCGCAAGGAGUGGCGAAUCGCAAGCACGCAUUCUCGUGGGCGGUGUGGAAUGCUACGUCACGAACGUGGCGCUACUCUUCCGCGCACGACGGGUCUGAUUUCACCGACACAGAGCGCACGGCACUCCUGGACAUGGUCGCGCACCUCGCGCCGCCGCCGCCCAGUGCGCCCGAGUCCGGCACGCCACAAGCAUCCAUUGCUCCGGGCAUUCGUCCUACAGUAAAUAUCGAGGCAUUGCAGCCGUUCACGUUUGUGGAUAUCAUCUGUGUCAUUGUCAAGGUAUUCCCGCGGUCGAUACCGCCCGACAUCUACGUGACGGAUUAUACGGUAAACGAAAAAAUUUACAGUGGAAACGACCGGUGCUUGGGUAGCGCUGCCGUCCCGCUCACUAUGCAGAGGCAGUUUGGCGACCAGCACGCGGGAAGUGGAUGCGUGUUGCAGGUGGGGCUGUGGGGAGAGCAGGCGCCGCUCGUAGCACAGUUGGAGCCGGGGCUGCUGGUGUGCCUAGAGAACGUGCGUAUCAAAGAAAAUGGGAUUACGGGAUUCCUCACGGGCGCACUCGGGUCACCUGGGGACCGGGGGGUCAAAAUCCGUGCGGUGGACGAGCACUUGCCGGCCGUGCAGGCCUUGUUGGCACGCCGCGAUGCCAAGAUGGGCAAGCGUGGGAUGGCGCCGCCGAAGCGCCCGGCAGAUGCACCGUUAGCGCCACCACCGCCCGUCCGGCACCGUGCUGCAUCUGCGACGCAGCCUGUACGUGCACCUGGUCCUAUUGCCGGCGCACGCUUCCCCAUGGACGACGACGCUAACGACAACAAGAAGGCGUUUGCCGCGCCGGAUGGAAAGUAUAAGCGUCAAGUGUCUGCCUUCCGCGACGUGGUUGAGAAGGGCGGCAAGUUUGAGCCGGAGAUUGGCCGCUACAAGUUGAUCGUUUCGUAUGCAUGCCCUUGGGCACACCGUGCAUUGAUUGUGCGCAAGCUGAAGAAGAUGGACCAGGUGCCGGACCUGCUUCCGCUCACGGUCGUCAAUACGUUCCUCGGCGCCAAGGGCUGGAGCCUUGAGGACCCCGACACGGACAGGAUCAACAUUCGCGGCACGGGCAACAACAUUUCCGGCCGCGAAAAGUGGCACUAUUUGCGCGACUUUUACCUCGCUGCCGAUCCAAACUACCAACAGCGCCCCACCGUCCCGGUUUUUUGGGACAACAAGCUCGGCACGAUCGUCAACAACGAGUCCGCUGAAAUGAUCCGGUUCAUGAACAACUGCUUCGACGAGUUCCUUCCUGAGGAUGUGCGCGGUGUCACAUACUACCCAGAGGACCUGCGGCCCGAGAUUGACGACUUCCAUUCGUGGGUGUAUCCCAACAUUAACAACGGCGUCUACCGUUCAGGUUUUGCAACGACGGAGGAAGCAUACUCAGAAGCUGCAGAGCAGGUGUUUGAGGCGCUUGAUCGCGCCGAUGCGCUCCUACAAGGCAAGCGCUACGUGCUUGGCGACCGCCUGACCGAGGCCGACAUCCGCUUGUAUACCACUAUUGUCCGCUUUGAUCCCGUCUACUUUGGCCACUUUAAGUGCAACGCCGCAGAGUUGCGGAGCCCCAGGUUCACAAACUUGCACAACUGGCUGCGCAAGCUCUACUGGCUCGACCCCGCCUUUAACGAGACCACCGACUUUGCCUCGAUCAAGGCACAUUAUUACGCCAGCCACGUCUUGAUCAACCCCACAGGCAUCGUGCCCAUAGGCCCAUUGCCGCCGAUCAUGCCUUUGGACAAGUAG